GCAUUCGAUACAAAAAAAAAUGUGUCGGACUUUCGGUAUAUAAUCAGAACUGCGUAGUGUGCAACGAGUAUUGUAUACUCAGUUGUUCAGAUAGGAACGGUAUUCACAAAGCAUAGCACGAUGUCGAAAAAAGAUUCUGAAGUCGGUGAUAUGAUGUCGUCUACGGACCUCAUCACGUUAUCGAGACAUCUGAUCUAUCAGCAAAAGAAACACACUCAGGCUACCGGAGAUUUCACACUUUUGCUGACCUCUAUCUGUCUAGGAUGUAAGUUCGUAUCGUCUGCUGUACGCAAGGCUGGUCUGGCAAACAUGACCGGCCUAGCCGGUGCUCAAAAUGUGCAAGGAGAAGACCAGAAGAAGCUUGACGUUAUCGCGGAUGCCGUUUUUGUGAACUCUCUGCGCUCUUGCGGUCGCGUUGCCUCCAUGGUAACCGAAGAACAAGAGGAAGCCAUCAUCGUCAGGGAGGCCAAGUCGGGAGCAUACACUGUCGUCUUUGAUCCCCUGGAUGGGUCGUCCAACAUUGACUGCGGCGUAAGUAUCGGCACUAUCUUUGGUAUCUACAAAUCAGAUCACCCCACAUUCUCUGAGGCCGAUGCGCUAAAGCCUGGAAGAGAAAUGGUUGCUGCUGGAUACGCCAUGUACGGAUCGUCAACCAGUCUAGUGCUCAGUUGGGGCCAAGGCGUGAACUCGUAUGCCCUCGACCCUGCCCUGGGCGAGUUCAUCCUAACCCACGAGAACCUACAGCUACCCCCGAAAGCCUCGAUCUACUCCAUCAACGAAGGUAACUACCAAUCAUGGAACGAGGCCACCAAGGAAUUCGUGGAGGGAUGUAAGAACCCUAAGGACGGGAGCAAGCCUUACUCCGCCCGUUACAUUGGGUCUAUGGUAGCGGAUAUCCACCGCACUCUACUGUACGGUGGUAUCUUCAUGUACCCCGCGGACAAGAAGAGUCCCGACGGUAAGCUUCGUUUGCUAUACGAGUGCUUCCCUAUGGCCUUCCUUGUAGAACAGGCUGGCGGCAAGGCGACCACCGGAUCCAAGAGAAUUUUGGAUAUCCAGCCCCCAAACAUCCACGGCCGGGCCCCUAUCUACUUAGGUUGCAAAGAAGACGUGGAAGCAAUUGAGGCUUUGUAUAAGAAGCACAAUAUCGAAUAAUUCCAAUUUUUUAAAUUAGAUAUUUGUUUCGGUGUUAAAUUUUCAACUCAGUUUGAAGAUUAAAAUAUGAUGCAAAACUUUGCUGGUUGUCACGUCUGUAGAAAUCUGGCCACACAUAAGAGUUUGAU